AUGGCCGACUUGUCAUCUGCUAGUGCAUGCAAUCAGUCUAAUGCUAAGAAAACAAGGGAAAGAAAGCCAAAUUUUUCAGAAGCAGAGGUAAAUCUUCUCCAAGAUGAGGUAGAAAAGAAUUAUGCAGUCAUUAAUGACAAAUUUGGAAGUUCUUUGACAAAUAAAAGAAAAACUGCAGUCUGGGGAAGAAUUUCAGUGAUGGUGUCUUCUCUUGGUGUUGCCCAUAGGUCAGCCAAGGAGUGUAAAGAUAAAUGGGGCAACACCAAGAAAGAGGCAAAGAAGAUCUUUUCUGUAAACAAGAGAGACCAGGGGAAAACAGGUGGUGGACCACAGGCUAAGCCAGUGAGUGUGGCAGUGCACAGAACCAUAGAUCUGUGCAAGGACUCUGCUUCCUUCAAGGGCAUAGGAGGUGUAGAAAGCUGCAUCAUUGGUUAG